AUGGUGCUUGCUAUUGUAUUAUCUGCAAUUAGUCCCCUUGUUUCAAUCUUGACACUACUUCCCAUUAGGAGACGCUUUGGUUACUUCUUUUACUCCACAAAGUAUGAUAGAGACAUGCGUGCCAAAAAAAUUGAAUUGGAUGCCACAGCAACUGAUAUGAAUAAUGAAAAGGUAGAAAAUGAUGUGAAAAAUGUAAUGGUGCCUAAGCUUGUUCCAAAUUGGCUGUUAGAAGCUGAAGCGAUCAUUAGGAAAGCUGAAGAGAUCAUCGACAAGGAUAAGGAAAGCAAUAGUAGUUUUUCACGGGAUGGAAAUGGAUGUUUACAUAUGAACAUCAGAAGGUACAAAGUGGGCAAACGGUGCUACAAGGUCAUCAAGGAUAUCGAGCGCCUUAUGAUACAAAGAUCAAACAUGAAAUGGACUGAUAAGGAAAUACUUCUUACUGUGGCUAGGUCUGCUACCCCUCAUGCAGUAUUCCAAGAUGUUCCCCAAAACCUUAAGUCUAGACAAGCGAUAUUUGAAAAGGCAUUGCAAUUGCUUGAACCAGAUAAUCCGACCCAGAUCGUGGCUCUAUGUGGUAUGGGUGGUAUAGGCAAGACUACAAUGAUGGAACAACUGAAGGAGGUUGUAACGGAUAGGAAAGUGUUUGAUAGGGUUGUACCGGUGGUUAUCGGGAAUAUCACUGGUCCAAUUGCAUUCCAAGAUGCUGUUGCACAGGAGGUAGGCGGAAAGCUGUCAGAGUCAGCUAAAGAAACAAGGGCUGAACGUCUUAAGCAAAGAUUUUUGGGGAUGUCCGAACAUGGCAAGAAAAAGAUUUUGAUUAUAUUGGACAAUCUUUGGAACCCCUUUGAACUAAAAGAUAUUGGACUGAAGAGUCCUUUGCCGAAGUGCUUCAAGUUAUUGCUCACAUCACGUUAUGAAAAGCUUUGCGAUCCGAUUGGUGAUGGAAGUAGCUCAAUUUUAAAAAUGGAUCCUUUAAAACUAUCAGAAGCAAAAAAAUUGUUCUGGGAAAUUAUGAAACUUCCAGAGGGUGCUGUUGAUCAUCAAAAAGUUAAACUAGGAGAAGAUAUUGUAAAGAGAUGUGGUGGGUUGCCGAUAGCCAUAGACAUCAUUGCCCGCGCUCUUAGAACUGAAAGAGUGGAUGAAUGGAACCUUACACUUACACGUUUAAAGCGGCAUAAUCAGUUUCCUAACCUUCAAAGUCUUUAUGCUGUUGUACAGGACAUAUUUGAGAUAAGCUAUGACUUUCUUAAAAAUAAUGAUGAUAAGGAAAUUUUUAUUUUAAGUGGCUUAUUUCCCAAUGACUUUGAUAUUCCGUUGGAGGACUUGAUGAGGUAUGGAUGGGGCUUGAAGUUGUUUGUUAAUGUGUAUAGUUUAGUUGAAGCAAGACAGCGGACUAACACUUCUGUUCACAACCUCAUACGUGCAAAUUUGCUGAUUGAAAGUGAUCGAAAAGGAUGUGUCAAAAUGCAUGAUCUUGCACGUUCUUUCGUCUUAUCUAAUAUUUCAAAAUUUAAGCAAGCUUCCAUUGUUAACCAUGGUGACAUGUCAGAAUGGCCUAAACAAGAUAUACGGCAUUCUUGCGAAAGAAUCUUAGUGAAGUGCAAAGGCAUGUCUGAAUUUCCCCAACAAUUUGAUUACCCCGAUCUUAAACUUUUGAAGCUAAUGAUGAAUGAGAAAGAGCCUCUCAUGUUUCCAGAUGAUUUUUACACCGAAAUGAAAAAACUCCAAGUCAUUUCAUAUCGUAGUAUCCUAUAUCCAUCACUUCCAAUAUCCCUUCAGUGUUCCACCAGCCUUCGUAUGCUAUGUCUCCGUUCAUGCUCAUUGACGGGUGAUUUGUCUUUUCUGGGCCAUCUCACUAAUUUGGAAAUACUCAGCCUUGCUUACUGUCGCAUAAAAUACUUGCCAUCUACCAUGGAAAAAUUGACAAAGUUAAAGUUACUAGAUUUGACAGGAAGCGAUAAGCUUUGUAUUGAUGAUGGUGUCUUUCAAAAGUUAAACAACCUUGAAGAGCUUUAUUUAAGAAACUCGAAUGAGAAAGUUAUUAGCUUCACAGAAGACAACUGUAAAGGAUUGGAGAGGGUCUCGAAGAAACUCACUGCAUUGGAGGUCGAAUUCUUUAAGAAUAAUAUUCGGCCGGAUAGAGUGUCUUUUAAGAAACUUGAAAGGUUCAGGAUCUCUAUAGGUUGUCAUUUGGAUCACAUAUAUGACAAUGAUGUUGUUUCAUAUGAAAAUACAUUGAGACUUGUUGGUAGCUACAAAGAGGUGCGUGCAUUUGAAAUAGAAGAGUUGUUUGGGAAAACAGAGAAGCUGCAUCUGCAAGUGGAAGAUAUAAAACACAUUGAAGAUGUUUUGAUGCAUCCUUCUCAAUAUUCUUUUUGCAAUUUAAAACAUCUUUCUUUUGAAAAGUGCGCAAACUUGAGUUACCUCUUCACUGUUAAUGUGGCAAGUACUUUGACUAAUCUUGAGAGACUCACAGUUAAGUCUUGUGGUGUACUGGAAUCCCUGAUAUAUGAUGAGAAAAAUAGAGCCGAGGUGAUUAAAUUUCACAAGUUAAAGCGUUUGGUAUUGGAAGAGUUAUCAAUGUUUGUAGGUUUGUGCGACAACAUCAAUAUUGUGAUGGAGUUACCACAACUUGUGGAGCUGAGACUUGCUUACCUUCCCAAAUUUACUUGCAUCUUUUCUUCGAGUAAGAAUAUUUCCGCAACAACAAUAAUACCCCUACUGAAUAAAAAGGUGAUGAGUCCAAAGUUGGAGGAACUGGAAAUUAUUGGGAUGAACUUGAAGGAGAUAUGGGGGUGCGAGGAGGAAGAUGAUAGAACUCCUAUGUUGAAACAGAUUGAAGUGGAAGAAUGUGAUCAAAUUGAAAAUCUUUUUCCAAACAAUCCAAUGCGAUUACUGAGUCAUUUAGAAAAGCUUGUAGUUAUAAAUUGUGGUUCGAUUCGAGCGUUAUUCAACAUAGACUCGAAAUGUGUUGGGCAAGUUAAUAGCUGCUUAAAAAGCAUUCGAGCGUUGGGUCUUCCGGAACUAAAGGAGGUUUGGAGUAUAAGAGAUGAAGAUGACUCUGUUCGCCUCAUUCGUGAUUUUCAAUCCUUGGAAUUCAUACAAAUCAACGGGUGUAAGAACUUUAGAAAUAUAGUCACACCUGCAACCAUCAAAUUUGAUAUGGGAGCACUCAUUGACAUCACCAUUGAUUUGUCAGAAGAAGAAUGGGGCACAAACAGUAGAUUAAUCCAAUACAAAGAGACUGAGAUAUUGGACGAUAGUAUGGUUGCAGUUCCGUCCUCUUUCAUCCACACAUUACAUCACGUAUCCAACAUGAAGUUGUGUAUGUUAGAACAAGUGAAGGUGAUCUUUGAUAUACAUAUUCCAAGUGCAGGCAUUGUGGCACCGAACCAAGGGGAGAAACAAGUGGGGGCUGGGAGUUGCGGGACCUCCCCCAAUAGACCCAGAUGCAACGAGCUUUCGAUAGCCAGAUCCAAGAUCUUCAGAGGUUUAUAUAGUAGAAUCUCGUCCAACAAGUCCAAUAAGCCGUAUCCUGGGUCAGCCCCUACACACAACGAUGAUGAACAACCAUUGCUACUUCCAUGCCUUACGGAUAUAAAGUUAAGUAAUAUGAAGAAUAUGACUCAUUUAUGGAGAUGCAAUUGGAGGAAGUUUUUAAUGUUACAAAACUCCCAGCAAAAGUCAUCGUUUCAGAACCUCACAAACAUAUACAUGAUGAAUUGUGAUACCAUUGAGUACUUAUUUUCCCCUCUUAUGGCUACACUUCUUUCCAACCUAAAGAAAGUAGAUAUAAAGAAUUGUGAAAGAAUUCAAGAAGUUGUGUCUAACAGAGAUGAUGAAGAUGACAUUCCCAUGGGUACACCAAAUAACAAACUUACGGUUGUGACAUUUCAUAGUCUAAAAUCAAUAAUCCUAGCCGAGCUACCAAACCUUAAAGGUUUCUUCUGUGGGAAGAAUGAGCUCCAUUUGCGGUUAUUGGAUGAAGUUGUUAUCAAGAAUUGUCCCCAAGUGAUGGAAUUGACAUCCCUUCCAUUUACAGCUCCGAACCUCAAGUACAUGGAAAUAAAUGAUGAUAGAUAUAUUCCUAGCUACACUUUACCUUCAGAUAUGCAGACCCCAUCCCAAAGCUUAGACAAUAAAUUUCACAAUUUGAUAGAAAGGAACCUGGAUGGUGACCGGGAAAAAUGUCGAGUAAUUUUCACAUACGAUGAGUUGUUACAACUACAAAAUCUUGAAAAGUUGAACGCAAAAUCUUGUGAAUCAGUCGUGGAGGUAUUUGAUAUUGGAACAGGAGGAGUAACUGUUGUAAAGCUUCCAAAGCUAAGAGAUGUGAACCUAUGGGCUCUGAGGAGGCUGAAGUAUAUUUGGAACAGUAAUGGUCCGACAAUAUUGGAGUUUCCAAACCUAACAAAACUCUAUAUUUACAAUUGCGAAAAGUUAGAACAUGCUUUUACAUGUUCCAUGGUUGGAAGUCUAAUGCAACUCAAAGAGCUACAUAUAAGUUUGUGCCCGAGUAUGGAGGUAAUCGUCAAGGAAGACCAAGGGGAAGAAGAAAAAGAAGAAGAAGGUGGUAGUGACGGCAAAGUGAAUAAUAAUGAGGUUAUCAGGUUACCAUGUCUAAAGAAAUUAAUACUGAUAAGUCUUGGUAGUCUCGAGGGAUUUUGCUUGGGGAAUGUGGGUUAUUCAUUUCCAUCACUAGUCAGCAUGGAAAUCAAAAAUUGCAGAUCUCUAACGAUGUUCACAAACGGAGGUUUGUAUGUUCCUGAGUUGAAAGUCGUAUGGACAAGUUUAGGCGAUAUUAACGUUGCAGAGAAAGAAGACAUCAACUCCUUUAUAAUCACCAAAAGACAAGAGGGAUUUCGUUUUUGACGUCAUUAUUAUUCGAAUGUGAAAUAAAUAAAAAUCAAAGAUUAGGCGUGGAACCAGGACAGCAUUGAGAAUUCUGGCUGGGAGUUCAAUUUAAGGAUGUUAGCGUUCAACGGCUUUGGACCAUGGUUUGGGUGAAGCCCCGGCCCAGCCACCAUUGCCAAUCGUAGGACUUGACCGC